AUCAACCUAGAAAAGAGAGAGGAAAAUGAGGAAAUCACUUGUGCAUUCUUUGGUUUUCAUGUGCCUUUUGAUUCCUUUGGCAGUUGCAGAUUGGAACAUAUUGAAUCAGAAGACAAAGAGAGGAUUGAAGAUCAGCCUGAAGAACUACUGUGAAGCUUGGAGGAUGAAUGUGGAGCUUCAUAACAUUAGAGGUUUUGAAGUUGUGCCUGAAGAAUGCACUGAAUACAUUGGAAAAUACAUGAAGGGUACUCAGUACUCAGUGGAUUCUGAGAGGACAACUGAAGAAUGCCUGCUUUAUGUCAGCACCAGCUGCAAUCUAAUAAAAGAUGGCAAAGAUGCAUGGAUUUUUGACAUUGAUGAUACUUUGCUCUCUACAGUUCCUUAUUACAAGGAUAACCUAUACGGGGGAAAGAAGCUAAAUUUGACAUCAUUGGAGGAGUGGAUGAGCAAGAGCAAGGCAAAAGCUCUUGACAACUCAUUGAAACUUUUCAAUGCACUUAAAUCCAGAGGAAUUCAGAUCAUCUUGAUUUCUUCAAGGAGGGAGCAUCUAAGGUCUGCUACAAUUGACAACCUUGUCAAUGUUGGUUAUUAUGGUUGGACAAGUCUUAUCAUGAGAGCACCUGCUAAUGAGUUAGUAUCAGUACAAAAAUACAAAUCUGAUGUGAGAAAACAACUGGUUAGUAAUGGCUACCGCAUUUGGGGAAUUUUGGGUGAUCAAUACAGCAGCAUUCAAGGGCCUCCAAGCAGCAUAAGAACAUUUAAACUUCCAAAUCCAAUGUACUAUGUUGCCUAAUGUGUUGAUCUAUUUGUAGCUGCAUUAUUUCUUCACCAUUGGAAGCUUCUAUAAGUUGCACCAUUUUAAGGACUAUUGUUAUUAUUAGUUUGCAUCAUGUUCCUUCAGAUCUUGUGCAUUUUCUUUGAAGGGGAAUAAAAGAGGCAAGGGCGAAAGUAUAAAGAUUUUCAUUGCA